UCUUCUUCUUCACCUUUUUCUUUUCUCUGAAGCUCAGCUCAGUUCAGUUUCUUUCUGGUUUGUUCUAAAUCUCUCCACCAUUACUAUCUCCAAAGCUUUUGAAUCUUUGUAAGCGAGAGGAUGACAGACUGGGGUCCGGUGUUUGUAUCAGUAGUAUUAUUCAUACUAUUAACACCAGGAUUAUUGGUUCAAAUUCCUGGUCGGAACAAAGCUGUUGAAUUUGGGAAUUUUCAGACGAGUGGUGUUUCGAUUUGUGUUCAUUCUGUUAUUUAUUUUUUUCUCAUUUGUAUCUUCUUAUUAGCUCUUCAGAUCCAUAUGUAUAUUGGUUCUUAACAUUAAAUUUUACUCUUAAUUUUGUACACUUAUGUUUUGAAUUUAAUAAAAGUGCAAAAAAUUUCAACUUCUUCUCA